CUGGGGUCGGCCAUCUUGGAGGCAGUGGAGAGGAACACGCUCAGUGUGGAGCCGGUGGGCUUCCAGACGCUGCCUGUCGUCAAGGCCUCUGCUGUGGAUGGAGGACCAAAAAAGUGUGCCCUUAGUGGCCAGACCAAAACCUGCAAGCACAGAAUCAAGUUUGGAGAUUCCAGCAACUAUUACUACGUGUCUCCUUUCUGUCGUUAUCGGAUCACGUCAGUUUGUAACUUCUUUACCUACAUCCGCUACAUCCACCAAGGGCUGGUCAAGCUGCAGGACGCAGAACAGAUGUUCUGGGAAGUGAUGCAGUUGAGGAAAGAGAUGAGUUUUGCUAAGCUGGGCUACUACAAGGAGGAACUGUGACCAACCAAUCACAAUACAGAACAGAGGAUGCGUGUCUGAAUCUCAACCUAUCAUCAGAUGCACUCCCGUGACAGACAGGAUAGCUCUCCAAUCAUCCUACCCUCCUGGCUCUCAGAAGGAAGAAGGACCGCUCCUCAUCGCUACCCCUUCCAAUCUCUCAUCCAAUCACGUGUCAUUUCAGGAGAGUCCUCCCAUCCUGUGUCUUCAAUACCUACAAGUAUAUGACUUAAAAUGCAUGCCCCUUACAUCCUGACUGGUCUACCAAUAACAGUGAGUAGUUAUUCAGGAUGUAAGGGGAUUGGUAGUUCAGACUGUCUGAUCUACCAAUAACAGUGAGUAGUUAAUCAGGAUGUAAGGGGAUUGGUAGUUCAGACUGACUGAUCUACCAAUAACAGUGAGUAGUUAUUCAGGAAGGGGAUUGGUAGUUCAGUCAGUCUGUCUGGAACAUGACCAUUGCUUGUCAUUCUGAUUGGUCUGCUAAAAUGCAUAUUGAAACAGAGAGGAAGUGCUCUAAACCCAACGGCUGCUUUCAAAAUGGCACCCUGUUCACUGUAGUGCACGACUUGUGGCCCCUAUGAGCCCUGGUCAAAAGUAGUGCACUAAAUAUGGAAUAGGGUGCCAUUUGGGACACAGGACAAGUGUAAAUCGAGGCGCUCCGUCCAUCCAGCCAUCUGUGGUUAUUCUAUCCAUCUAUCUCCCAGUCCGUAUUUAAAACCAGAGGACCGUAACUAUGGUGACGACCACGCUGCUGUAUGUAACUUGACUCCGUUAUUAUAUGUAAGAAACGCUGAAUGAGUUCUUCUGUCCACACUACAAGGCUGAGUCACAAAUGGCACCCUAUUCCCUAUAUAGUUAACUGCUGUAGUGGUGCAGUAUGCACAGCAGGGGUUCCCAAACCGGUUGCAUCAUUUUGUUUAUUGAGACUGCCUUUGUUAAAUACAACAGCAGCUUCAUUUUGUUUCAUUUGAGGGACCUAGGAAAAUGACUCAUGACUUAUUUUAGGCAAUUUAUUUAUUUUAUUUUGUGUUUUUUAUUUAACCUUUUUAUUUAACUAGACAAGUCAGUUAAGAACACAUUCUAAUUUACAAUGACGGCCUACCAAGGCCAAACCCCCUAACCCUGACGACGCCUGACGACGCGGGGUCAAUUGUGCUCCACCCUAUGGGACUCCCAAUCACGUCUGGUUGCGAUACAGCCUGGAUUCGAACCAUGGUCUGUAGUGACUCCUCUAGCACUGAGAUGCAGUGCCUUAAACAGCUGCGCUACUCAGGAGCCCCGAUGAUGAUGAUGAUGAUGAUAACUAUAAUAAUAGAAAUAAAUAGUCUAGACCUGAUUUCCCAAAAUGUUUUCCGCUACCAAAUGUUUUAUAACAAUAAUUUAUAUGAACCGUCAAUUUAAUUAUGCAUAUUCUAUUUUACAGGAAGUGAUUCGAUCAAUUGAUAGCGACGGAGUCACACAUUGUAUAACAUUACUCCGCAAGCGAAGUCCAAUUUCUUUUGACUCCUCGACUUUAGAAGGUCGUAAGCUCAGCUUCUCAAUGUCAUAGAGACAAAGCAAAUACAUUCCCCAUGUGCAUCAGAGUCUUCCUCUUUGUCAUUUUACUACUUGUUUCUAGCCUAAUGCAUUGCGGAGUGACGCUUCGUUUUAGAUCGGAAGGUCCCGUGCCCUCCCGUGACACUU